AAGGUCUGAGGUGAGAGGAACGGCCAUUUUGAGGCACCGCCGAUGGAUCGCGCAGGUGGCGCUACGCCUGGAGAACCGAUGUGCCCUACCUGCUCGUAACGGUCACUCUCUCGUGCGCGUUCACCUGGCGAGGACCUGGGCCCGUCGAAGGCGCGCACCGCCAAGCUGUGUCCUUCGAUCGAGCUAUUCCUCGAGACGGAAAUGUCUCUUCUUCUGCAAUUAUCAUCUGGGAGUGAAGCUUAGAUUUCGCGUGCAACUACGUGCAAACUAUCUCCUUGGCCUGUAUUAAUAGUCGUUAUUUGAAACUUGUCUCGCGCGCGAGAUACUCAGAUCCGAAUUAAGAGAUGAAUCUUUCACAGCUGAAGCACAUUACACUUGCAAUCGCGAUCCCAUUGAAAAAGUAAGACACAGGAAAAGAACUUGGUUGAAUUAACGUGGGAAGAUAUAAAUUCCGAACCAGAAUUUUGGUUUGAAAUUCCCCGAGUUCUAUUCGAGUUAACAAGAUUCUAAUUAACCAAAACAACAUUUCUGAACUUUCAACUGUUCAAUUUGAAAUAAUUGCAAGUUUUGAUCAACCAAAAAUUUUGCUUUGGUAACUUCAUCCGGAAUUCACAGAAAAAACAGGGGAGUCUCUGCUACGAACGUAACUCAAGGUCUAAUCGCGUGACUAGUAAAACAAUUGUCAUUACGGACGAUUUUUUAUCCACAGACAUACAAAUGCUUAUAGAGUGAGAAAAGUAAAAUGUAGGAAAAAUUCGAAACGAUCGAUGAGAUAAAUUAUGAUAUUCUCGAAAGCCCUUAUUAAUAAAGACCUUAGAUAUCAAUCUAAGUCUGUAUAUAUAUAUAUAUAUAUAUUUUUUUUUUUUUAACAGUUGUCAACUAAAACUUAUAUAAGAUACUCAGAUUUUAAUUCAAAGUUAGAUCUUCAUUUGAAUCGCUUAAUUAUGAUAUUCUCGAAACGAUAUCUCCGUUGUUAAUCCGCUUGACGCGAAUCGCUUAGAAAUUAUGCCAUAAACGCGCAUGUAAUGACUCGGUAUAAUGACACAGCAUGCUGAUCCGACUUUGAUAUAGUUGAUACCUGGAUGCAAGGACGAGUUGCGACACGCGUGCGGUUAAUAGAGUAACAAAGUUCAGAUGCGGAGCGAAUCGCUCGCGGGGCGCGGUCGCGAAGAUCUCCAAAGGUCGCUACUUUGCAUUGGACGUGCGUUAAGUGUAUUUUUGAGUCGCUCGCUUCCUCUCGGACACCAUUUCUAGGCAGAAAGUAUAAGAUUGGCGCGUAAAAGCGUGUGCGCGCCCACUCGCGCGCCCGCGAAUCGCUUCGCGCACGUGGGAAGCGAUUUACAUGCGAUGACGCAAUGGAGGCAACGACAAAUUACAUAUUACUCGAGGCAUUACCGGAGAUUCUUAUGCUCUAUUUCGUCGUGACGUUUCGAUACGCUGAGAUCAUUUCCCCCGUACCUGUCUCGUGGGAGAAGGAUAAUGAGCGCCGGACAUCGUCGGUUAAAUUAUGUGCCCACCUUAAUGCACUUUAUUAAUGAAGCUUCAUUGUAUUUCCUCGUUAGAUAAACGAAGACCGUGUCAUGCGAGGGAACACAUUCAAAGUAAAUAUUUGCGGUAAUAAUCACAUGGUUGGCGACGAAUUCGUCGUGUAAAUUUGCGAGCCAGAUGAGAAGCGACUUUGUGAUCAGUCACCUUUCGUCCUUCUGUUCUCUUCUCGCCCUGAAAUAAUUAAAAGUAAUUAUCACGCGAGCAAUCGCAGAAAUAUCUCUUGAAGUAUCCGAUUGUCGAGGAAAUCGAAUGAAAAAAGGGGACGAAAGGGGAUGGUCCCUGUCCUCGGCCCAAGCGAGCGAGAUGUAGCAGCCCCCGGCCAGCGGGUGCCAAUUCUCUCUCCAACAUCCAAAGCGCACUCGCUCACACACGCGAUAUAUUUACGCGAACGGGGAGACUCCGGCGAAACGAUGGCAGCGGUCCAGCAGUCGCGUUACGGAAAUAGAUUUCGGUGUCGGCGGCGGGCGAUGCAACGGCCGUUCGCGGAGCUAGCAAGCGAGCGCCGCUGAAAAGCAGCCGGAGAGACGACGGCGGCCAGUACCGUGUCGACCAGUUCCCGAGGAAAACCGGAAGAGUCACACCCCGGCGAGGUCCCACAUGAGCAAUCCGGGAGCUGAGAAAUGGCGACCGAUGGCCAUAUCCAAUCCGUCCACCAAGUUGCGGAUGGCGAGGUCGAUGCCUCAUUGGGUGAUGGCGCAACAGCGGGAAAUGGAGCAGCAUCAACGCCGGCCACCGACUCCUCCGAAAGCCCCGCCGCCGUCGCUCUCCGGGGACUGUGGUGACCCCGACUACGAGAUCAUCGAGUUCCCGACCCGACCGCAAGCCCAGAGAUCCUCCACGAUAACGACGACGACGACGCCGACGACGACGACGACGACGACGACGACGACUGCGACAACGACGACGAUGCCACAGUCGUACGUCGGUAAGUGCGCCCUGUGCGGCACCGAGAACGUGUUCGCGCGCUGCGACACGUGCCACGAGAACUACUGCGAGGCCUGCGACGACAUGAAUCACAAGCACCCGAAGCGGAAGCACCACGUCCGACGGAGAAUCCUGACCGACAACGCGAGCAGAUGCAGGCCGCCGUUGCCGCCGAAGGGCGAGAACCUGAUGUGCCCGCCUGUGCCGCCGCCGCGAAGAAAUCGCAAGACCACUCAGGCUAUAUCGGCGCUAGCCAAAGGAUCCGCGCAUCUCCCUUUGCUCGAUAAGGUCGGCAGCUUGAAGCGCAACUUCCCCAACACGAAGCCGUUAUCCACGACGCCGGAUUCGGGCUCGAGAGUGUCAAAGUCCACGAAUAUCUUAAACGCGUCUUCCACCGACGCCACAGGAUCAGGAACGGACAAGAUGUCCACUCUGCAGGAGAGAUACAGAAAGUACCAGGAGGCGAUGAGGGCUCAGGACGCGAACAGACGACGACACCCGUCGUCCGACACCUCGAGAGACACCUUGGGCGGGAGACCGCUUAGCGUAGGCAGCCCGAGACCGGCACCGUCACUUCCACCUCCGCCGCCACCUAGAGCUAUGAUACAAUCAGCCAGCGUCUGCGACCUGUCGGCCGUUCACAUGUGGAACCCUGGAAUGCAUCAGGCCCAAUCGAUGGCGCACUUAGGACCCGGAGGUGUGCCGAUGUGGUAUCCGCCGAUGAACUCCUGGGACAUGUCGAUGAGAGGCUCCACCAUGAGUCUGCAUCAUCCGAGUAUGUGGGGAUACCCCAUGGGCUAUCCGCCGGCGCAGAUGUUACCGCCGCAUUACCCGGGAUCUCUUUCGCGACCGCACAGUCCGGCCAGGAGCGUCAAGUCCAGUCGGAGGUCGAAGGCGGCGUCUCCGUCUCCCAGCCUCAAAUCCAAAAAAUCCUACGUCUCGCGAUCACGAUCGAGAAUCUCGCCGGGAUCGCCGUCAGAUGCGAGCUCAGAGAACUCUGAUGAGUCCGACAUCGAUGACAGGCUCUCGCGAGGGUCCAGAAGUAGACUCGGCAGCAUGUCCAGAAGCAUACGACAGCGAAGCUAUCGCGACGACGACGAAACGAGGAGUUUCUUGUCCAAGAAUCGGCGAGAAAGACUGAUGUCCGAGGAGAGACUGACAAGCACCGAGGACCAAUGGUCGGAGAGUGCGUCCGGCAAACGAUAUCCGACGUCAUCGCGAAAUCACGACGAGUUCAACAAAAGUAACACUAUCACCUCUGGAGGACGAUACAGUUACGACGAUCGGCCGGCUCCCAAAGCGGAUCCUCGACUUGAUCGCGUUCAGAACGCGAAUUAUCGCGACCGUCGAAGACGCAGCACCGACGAGGAGUCAUCCGAUCGGAAGGUCAACGCGUCUGGCCGAGCGCGGAUGACGAGCUCGCCCGAUAAUCGUUUCGAGAGAGUGCAGAACGCCUCAAAAAAGGCCCCAUCUCUUCGGCGAGACGUAACACUGGACGAUUUGGAACGAUCUUCUGCUCGUCGCGACUCCCGCAGAUCGUCCUUUGAUAGCGACGUUCAGACUGGAAAGACACCCUCGCGAGACGUGACUUCCCCGAAGAGGACAUCCGUAGAGCGAGCUCGUCUCUUGGAGACGCAAUCUCCCCAAAGAAGAGGAUCGACUGAUGAUGAUCGAAGGAACGAGAUCGAGUCGCACUUGGCCAAGAGGGAACAACAGAGCCGCGAUGUCUCUCGUGAUCGUGAAGUCUUGGCAAGCAGAGGCUCCUCUCAACGAAGGGACGGUUCAGAAGACCUCGACAGGGUCACCGCCAAGCGAAAUUCCGGCAGAUCCUCAUUCGACUCCGACAAUCAGAACCUCAGGAAGACAACGAGGGAGACGUCGGCGGCGAAGCAGAGGGAAGAGAAUCGAGAUCUACCUAGGACGAUCGGCGAUCCCCGAGUUGCAGAGCGUCGACGUUCAGCCGAGAAGGACCAACAAGUCCGGGACUCGAGCAGAACCGUCGACGCUCAACAGAAGAGGCUAGACGGCGCAGAUGCUAGGCGACGGGAAGUGAAGACAUCUCGAUCUCAGGAAGACGCGAAAGUCACGAAAGCGACAGACGCGGCCGAGAGCGUGUCGAGGAAAAUCGCGGCGAACGAGGCGGCCGCCCCGAUGGAGAUACCGAAGGAGGAAUGGGCUUGCGAGCAUUGCACCUUCAUCAACAAGAUCAACGAUCGUGUCUGCGUGGUAUGCUGCAAGACGAAGAGCAGCGCGCUGCCGCCGAGCAAGCCGGACGACGACCUCGAGGUAGCCGCCGAGCCUGCGGUGCCGCGAGCGCAAACCAAAUGCGCCGAACCGAGCCGCGCCGAUAAUCCCGCUCCCGAUCUCGAGAAGAAGACUAAUCGGCUGAAGAUCUCGAACAGCGAGGAGAGCGGCGACAGCGGAUCCGUCAAGAACAAAGAUGCAAUUAUUCUGGACGAUGGUCCUUCUGUAGAAAACCUCGAAAGCACAAUCGAAGCUGCAGCUUCGCAGACAGAAGACAGCUGGAAGUCCGCAGCCGUGACAUCGCCAGUCGCGGAGAACGUGUCGUUCGAGGCACCAUCCUCGACAUUGGUGUCUUCUUCGAUUGUCAAUGACAUGAAGAUGGAUAUCAAUGGGACGUCACGUCAGGAAAAUAUCCGAGGACAACUUGUCAAGAGUCAUUCUGUAUCUACGGGAACGUCUCCUCCACCGCAGAGUAUCUCGACGCAGACGUACGAGUAUCUUCCGGUGAGGGGAACUCUUGGGAGGUCCGCGUCGGUGACGACGUCCAAGAGUUAUUUGUAUUACGACGACAGCGACGGAGAGGAGCAGAGUCGAUUCGCGAACAGUCCCGAUCUGUAUCCGCGGGCCUUCCAAGAGCCGUAUCUGCAGCAGCAACAGCUGAUAGCCAGCCAGGGCAGGGAACAACGGACAAGGAGAAACUCCAUCGACUCGUCCCAUCUCUAUUACCGUUCCAGGGAACCAAGCCAGCCGAGGUACACGGAGGCGGCUUCCAGUUCCGGUCAACAGGGUAUCUCUACGUUGACACGCCAAGGGUUGGAAGUGGUGGAGUUGCUGCGUGACGCCGAGAGGCAAGGCUUCACCACCGACGACGUUCAAGUGGCGUUGGCGCAGGGCGCGGCGAACCCGCUCGAGUGGUUGAGAACGCAGUGGCCGCAUCUGGUGGAGACGGUGCAGGUGUUGGUGACCGCGCAGGGUAAAGAGCUGAAGGAGAACACCGUCGGCGUCCUCUCGCCGGCCGAGGCGAAAGAGGCACUGCGAUCAGUCAAAGGCGAUGUAUGGAACGCCGUCGCCGCGGCCAUUCGACGCAGGCAGCGGAAGUGCGAUCAAAUCAUGGCAAAAGGAAACUUCAUAUUGGCAGAUGUUGUUAAAGCCUUGGACAAUAAUGCCGGCGUCGAGGACGCGACUCUGCUUGAGUUGCAGAGAAAUCAGCUCAAGCCCUUUUUGAUGAGGAUCUGGGGCCCUCCGGUCGGGGUGGAGAACGAUGAGGCUGCACCGCACGAAGACGCAGCGGGUGCGGUCGGCGGCGGGGCGGGAUUGCCCGUGGAGCAAGUACCGAAUGUAUCCGAUACGGAGGCGAGGAAGCAGGUAAUGUCACCAAUUGUUGAUCAUUUCGUGGCGUUGCAGGCCGACUUUGAAAAGCAUCUGGCGGCCCUCCGAGAACUGACCGAUAACAGGCGACACGAGAAAGACCCCCCGUACGAAUUGGGUAGUAAGUCUGAUAAUCUGUACGACCACUACGAUGACAGUAGCACUGUUCUAAUCAAUACAAAUCUGGUACCAAGGGCCGUACAAGCGCUCGACGUAGCGGAGGCGGGCGAUCUAGUUGCGCGGCAAAGACAGGCGACCGUAGAUACUCGAGAAGACGCGAGGCGCCCGUCGAACGCCACGAGAUCGUCGGCUGACGAUCUGGACCGAGUAGACGGCGCGUCGAUCUCCACGGAGAUCCCCGCGGAAACGACGCACGAUAAUCUCGCGAACGCGAACGCGAACUCGCCGGCUGGCGAGGAGAGCACGGUUGGAUCCUCCGCGAGAAACGACGAGACCGGUCGCGACCGCACGAUCGGGAAAACGUCGCCGAGCGAUGAGGGCGAGGCCGUCGCGCCCGUAACCGAGACCGAUCUCCCCAAGCUCGACAACGGUCAGAUAAAUAAGAACGAUAAGCGGCCGCUCGAGGAUCGCGAGAACGAGAGGCGCGUCGAUACCGCGGCGUUAUCGAUUACUAACGAAACUGCGGAACCCACGGCAAAAAAAGUCACGAGCCAUUCAUCGUUACCGGGAGAAGAGCGGGAAAGAUCGUCAUUGGCGAAUAAUGCCGGGGCUGAAGCGUCCUCCACGUCGGCCGAAACUUCCGCGCGCAACACGACGAAUUCGAAACCAGGUCGAGCCUCUCCUCGCCAGGAGAAGACUUGGAACACCGCCGAAUCACGUAAUAUAGCGGCGAACAACGAGGCGCUCGUUGAAGUUGAGAAGACCGCGGAGUCGAGCGAAGAAAUACUUGGGGUCCCCGCGCAAGGUUCGAGUGCUCCCGAACGAGUCGACGUAUCGCGGACAUCCUCGAGCGUCGACGCGACGAGCUCGAUGGGGAAGCCUCGCGAUGCGUCCGAGGAAGGACUUCUCUUGACGGAUCGCUCUAGUCGACCGCUCGCGACACCCGGACAGAAUGACGAGUCGCGUGCCGCGGUGGAGGUUCUCAUGUCGGCCAUGAAGUCGCUGCCGGAGCAGUUCCUGGCGCCCUUCGUCACGGCGAUGCAGAUGUUAUCGCCGAGGGAAUCGACCAAGGGCGACUUGACGCCCGACGUCGAACUGAUGAAUCAGCUGAACACUCUGCACAGUAUGAGAGCCGUCGCUGAAGAGCCGAAUGCCACACCCGCGAGCGGCAACGCGGACGUCAUCCUGAGAAACCCUACCGACGAGGAAGAGCCGUUUCAUGACGCCGUUUCACCGGCGAGUAAAAUAGAGAGGUCGCAACUGAAGAGGAUCAACGAUAACAAGGGCAACAUAUCGAAAGUCCCAGACUCUCGGCUGCUGAGGCUCCGCGCCAGCGUUCCGGACAUCAAGCAACAACAUCAGGACGUUAGAUCGGUAUGUACAGACUCAGGCAAGUUUGGCGCUUUGCAUGCCGACGUCGCGAGCCCGCUCUCGGACCCGGUGGACUCGCGGUUAACCGACGGAGGCGUCUCCAGCGUAGGCUUGGCCACGAAUGAAAGGGCGCAGGGACUCGCGGUCGAAGCGUCGCGAGCAGACGUCGUCACGAGAGAAGUGCAGUCGCGCGAGGCUUCUCAGGAGACCGUCGACGGGUCCGCGGGAAGUGACGACCGAGAGACACCCGUCGAGAGCGGAGCCGCGUCGAAGGCGAAAUCGGUCGGGGAGACGAGCGAGUCGUUAGAAGCGUCUUCCACGCACGAUCGAGCUGCGAUCAUCCGGGAGCCGCUCGCAGUCGUGAUCGAUGACUCAUUGCCCAACGCGUCAUCAUCGCUAUCGUCAUUGCCAUUGUCAUCGUCAUCAUCAGUAAAGGAAGCGAGGAACUCUUCCGUCGCAUGUAAUAAGCAGCUCGCGGCCGAUAACGCUUCCUCAGUCGUUGAGUCGCCUCUGGCGCCGCGAGACGAAGCUUCACCCGCUGCUGCGGGCGCUCCUAAUGCUGAAGAAUUCACCCCUCAAGCGCAAUCAGUAACCGCGGAAACGAACGUCCCCGGACGCGGUUCCGACGCCGAUCAGCCGCCUGACCCGGGCGUCUCGGGAGCCGCGAAUCGCCCCGUUGAAGUCUCGGAAACUCCGCGCACACAUUCGCACGAUAGACCCGACGCGAGGGCGAUCGUCUCCAAGGAUGCGGUGCACGUUUCGGAAAAAGUGGAGCAGACGAUUUCAGUCACAUAUCGCGCGCCCGCGAACGGCGAUAAGAACGAGAGCAUGUCGGGGGAAAACGUGCCGCUCGGGCGAAAUGCAACCGAUAAUUUAUCCAUUGUUCAGUCGCAAAUCAACGAGAGUGUCCCGCCGGUACCGGCUGACUCGCACGCUCCAGUUGCGGUGAAUUCGAGCAAUUUGCGCGAUCGACAAGAGGCGUUCGCCUCGACGAGCUCCAAUAACGCGCCGGCCGCCGAGGGGCCUGCAAAAGGUGCGGAAGACGACCCAAGUGGAGAAGAAUCGGCCGUCGAUCGACGAACGAUCGCGUUCACGCACGAUUCCUCGGCGCGACAGGAAACGACACCACCUUCUCACCUCGGCAAAUCCGCAGUCAUAGCCCGCAGAGAAACGUCAGAGGCUUCCGCGGAGUACAUGGAGACUUCAGGAAGCAAUCAAGCGGAUUCCGUCGAUCCUCGCGAAAGCCGAUCGAGACCGGCUAUCGACGAAUUCACCUCUUCCACCGCGAACAGCGAGCCCUGCGAUGCGAACAUCCGCGAAUUAACGGAUACUAAUAACAACACGGCGAAUUCUCGAGAGUGCGCCGCGGAUAUUCUCGCUACGAACCCCGACUCCGAGGGUGUUUCGCAUUCCGUGGAGAAACUCGACCCGGGAAACGAGGUCUCCCAACGUGGCCGCGUCCACGGGGAACGAGACGUGCGACCGGCGAAGAAGAGUAUCCUGCAAGCGCUCAAAGAGAAUCUCAAUGUAUUCUUCGCGUCGCAGAGCGAAGGGAGGAACGUCGACGCGACGGUUAACGAGCAGCCCCCGCCGGCGAGCCUUGUCGAGGCGAAUAUCGGCGACGUGACGUCCGGAAUAACCGAUACCUUCGAGAUCAAGAUAUCGGAGGCGGCCGCGAUAACGGUGAACGAUUGCGCGCCGAUCAGUGACGUCGCGAGGGUCGCCGAGCGUCGCCACGGGGGAGGAAGUCUCGAAGACAUUGACGCGAUCGACAUCUCGGCGGAAAUCGCCGACCCGUCGGGAAACGAAGUCUCGGCGGUUGCGGGUAACGAACCGGUCGGCCUGCCGUCAAAAUCGCCGAAUGACGAAUCGACCACGACGACGGAGGCUGCGCGGGUGAGUCAAGGUCGUGGGAGCAUGAUCGCGAGACCCGUCGUAAAAGUGACGCGAUCCAGAUCCCCGGUGAAGAAGGUCGUUCGCAGGAAAUCGCCCGUUAAAGUGGCGAGGAAAUCCAGCGGCAUACCGAAGAAGAAUUCCGCACGGAUCAGCACCAGUCCGAACAGCACGACCGUCGCGAGGGCGAGGGAAACGGCCAGCAAGAUCGCAGGGAAGUCGAGUCUUUCGCAGCCGAACGCGAGGAACGAUCAGCGGCGAGCUGAGGAGUCCUCGAGAUCCGCGAGUAUCCCGAACGAUCAGGUAGGAAACGGUAAAAGCAGGUCGAUCGCGCCGGAUAAACCGAUCAAACGGCCCUUAGCCAACGGCGGCGUGCAGAAAAACACGGCAGAUGUCAAAUCGAACAAUCAGAAGAGAGUCUCCAGCCUUAGCACGCAGAAAACAUCAGUCAACGAGGUUGAUUCGAAACCGCAAGGUAAAUCGCUCCUUACGAAGAAAAACGGUGGCCAGAAAUCGCAGGAACAAACGUCUGAACGUGCCAGAAUCAAAAAGAGCGGAGAUACCAGCAGUGAAAAAAUGAGAAAAUCGAAAAUUGCAAGGACGAAGGCCUCCGGAGAUCAAGAGAUGGCGCAUCGCGAAACGGACGUAGAAACUUCAUACAACAAUGAAACGCCGGUGAACACCACUGCGACAGAUAAAAUCGAAGAUAAUGCAAAAUCCAAAAUAACUCCACCGUCAAAAAUACCCAUUUUAAUGCGCCGGAAGAUUGGUCAAUCGACAGAUCGAGCAGCCUCGCUAAACAGUCCUGAAAAAAGCUUAAAGGUCACGUCGCUGUUGAAGAGCGUCUCGACCAAACUACCGAUAGCUUCGCAGGUCACUUCAAAAUUAACUCUGAAGAUACAGAACAAUAUGCCGAGCUCCUCGGCUACGCGGACGAUCGGAGUCAAGGGUAACUCGGCAGGUAAUGAGAUUAAAUCCAGCAACGCGGAAUCGAUCGGAGAAAGGACGGGAGUCACGCAAGACGAGCAUAUCACGGAGAGGAAUCGGUCAGAAGAAAGUGGCGGGAAUCAGGAAGUCAUCGAGGAGCCGAGAUUUCAGACGUCAGACUCGGAAUCGAAGUUAAAGGAGAAUGAGCGGACGACAACGUCGACGCGCAACGAUCCGUCAACGAAUAUUGGUGAACAAACGGAGCUCGUUGAGGACGCGGUCGAGGAAAGCUCUGACGCCCUCAGCUCCGACUCCCAGUACUCUGAGGAGGACGAAGACACGGGAACGGCGCAGUACAUCUCCGAUCAUAACUCGGAGUGCAGUUCCAUCGAGGAGUUUACGGAUGCUGAAUUGUUAUUGGAAAAAACAUUGAACGAGAUCAGAUCAGAGAUAUCGGAGGAGGAGGAAGAGGAGGAGAAGGAGGUAGAGGAGGACGAAGAGCAAAGGAGCGCGUCCGAGGAGAGCGAGGAUAUCACUUAUUCCUACAAGACAGAGAGCCACGAACCGAGCCGCGAGUCAUCCGUGUCGUCCGCAGGUUUGGCUGAUAAGCGGGAGCGGAUCGACUCGAGCGAGCUGGAAGACUCGGCCGAGGAAGAUCUCUACGAGGAACUGCCAUCCGAGGAAGAAGAGGCGAGCGGGCAACUUCAAGCCCCGAACAAACGACUCGAGGUGAAGGAGGAAGCAGUCCGCGACGUGCUCCUCGACGAAGCGGCCGAUAUCGAGAUCCUCUCCCACGUCUCACUUGAGGCAGAAGGUAAGGUUGAAGUAACGACAGAACGCGAGACGAAUCAACCGAAGUCGCCGACGGAAGCUGUGGCCUCGCUCGUGGAAUCGACUCGAUUGGAAGCCACGAGCGCGGAAAUCGACGAAAAGACACCGCGGGAAGUUCCUGGAGACCUCCAGGGCCCGAAUUCUAAUAUCCUCAUGACAAGUCCGACACCUGCGCAGCUCGAGCGGCCCGAGGAGGACGUUCGCUUGCUGGAAGUCGACUUCAAGGAGAACGAGGCGAGACUCAAAAGCGAGAUCGAGCAAGAGACUCAGAGACGACCACCGGCCGCGAUGCAGAACGGCACGAGGAAGCCGUCGAGAGUCGCGAGCGCGAAGCGCGCCAAGAUAAUAGGCCGAAGGGCGAGCACGGGCAGCAAAGGGCUGAGAAGCGAGAGGGACGACUCGCCAAAGGGUGUAGACCGGCCGGGCGCACCCCGGAAACGAUUCUCCUUCGUAGCCAGCUGUAUCCGUCGUUUCGAGGGCCAAGAGAGUGCCGAGAAGGCACACGACGCGGGCAACACCAAGGUCGCUCGACGGGAGACGCGGCGCGACGACACUCAGGGAUCUCCCAAUACGGAACGGGAGAGAAUAGCGCGUCGCCUGUUGGCGGAGGGUCGAGCGGCGAAUUACGAUGAGGCCGAGGUGGCUGCCAGUCUGCUGGCCCUCAAGUUCGGCGACGUCGAGGCGCUCCAGGCCGCAAAGGAAUGCUCCAGCGUGGAGUCCGCGCUGGCCUUCCUGCAGCAGGAGUGCGAGCUGUGCACCGGCCGUUUCGCGAUGAGUCAGAUGGUGUCCAUGCUGAAGUGCGUGCAUCGAUGCUGCAACGAAUGCGCGAAGAAUUACUUCACCAUCCAGAUCAGCGACAGGAACAUCACGGAUGCCGUCUGUCCGUACUGCAAAGAACCCAAUCUCAAGGACGCGAGCGAGGACGAGGUGCUUGAAUAUUUCAGCAAUUUGGACAUCCAACUGAAGGCCCUGCUGGAUCCGCCGAUCCACGAGCUCUUUCAGAGAAAACUCCGGGACCGGACUCUGAUGCAAGAUCCGAAUUUUAAGUGGUGCAUGCAGUGCUCGAGCGGAUUCUACGCCGAUCCCGACCAAAAACGCUUGAUCUGUCCCGACUGUCGAUCCGUCACUUGUGCCUUCUGUCGAAGACCGUGGGAGAAACAGCACGAGGGAAUAUCGUGCGAGAAAUUCGCCGAAUGGAAGGACGAGAACGAUCCCGACAAUCAAGCCGCAGGUUUGGCCAAACACCUAGCCGAUAAUGGCAUCGACUGUCCCAAGUGCAAGUUCCGUUAUUCUCUAUCUCGAGGAGGUUGCAUGCAUUUCACGUGCAGCCAGUGUAAAUAUGAGUUUUGCUGCGGUUGCGGCAAGGCCUUCAUGAUGGGGGCGAAAUGCCCGGUUAGCCCUUAUUGCGCCAAACUGGGUCUGCACGCCCAUCAUCCGCGCAAUUGCCUCUUCUACCUACGCGACAAGGAACCCGCACAGCUGCAGCAACUGCUGCAGGAGAACGGCGUAGAUUACGACACCAACGGCCCGGCCGGGGAGCGCAAGUGUAAAGUGCAACUGCAGAAGGAGACGCCAACUGGGCUCGUGGACGCAGUGUGCAAUUCCGACGUCGUCGAGGGCCACGCCGGUCUCUGCAGGCAGCACUACAUUGAGUACUUGGCGGGCCUGGUACUCAAGAGCAGGCUGGACCCGGUGAUGAUCUUUGACUUGAACGACGCCAAGCAAGAGUUGCGCCGACGGGGAAAAGUUCCCCCUGCGAAGGACCAGGAAAUGUCCGAGCGAGAUUAUCUCGAGGCGUGCAUCCAGGUCGUAAAGCGAGAGAUUCCACUGGAAUGAUUGCGGCAGAGUGAUCUCGAAAAGACGCGCACUAAAUAAUGAAAAAGCCACGAAUAAUUGGGCGUAUUGUAUAGUUUACUUAUCUCACUUGUGUGGACCAUGAGUAAAAAUAUAAUACAUAGAACUAGAGAAAGAGAGAAAAAGAAGUAAUAUGACGCGCGAACAUCGCUCCGUAUAUAAUGCCAAAGAUCUAUUUAUUUUCUCGACUCUACGUAAUAACGCCAUUUCUACGAUCUGACUCGUAACGUUCUAUUGUCGCGAUGCAAAUAUCACGAAGAGAAGUAGUACAAUCGAAGACGCGGAGUAAACGAAUGUCCCUUUAAUGAUGGGUAGAAGAAUUAUCUGUGGGUACUCUUGCAAUUAAUGUUUGAAGAUGUGUACGUAUUUCUGCUUUAUAUAACUGUUUUCCAAGAAAUAGAUGGUAAUUAAGAAAA